UGCUCACUGUCGACCAACAUGAACAGCACAGAGAAACUGAAAAUCUUAUUUUUGUGCGGCCUGGUGCUGUCAGCCGUGGCGGAAAAGCCGGAGGAGAAGAACGCGGAGUCUAGCGUUCAGCAGAAAGAAGACAAGCCGAAACGCGGCCUGGAGCUUAGUUUGGGCAAUUACGGCGGCUUGGGAGGAGGCUUAGGAGGCGGUUUCGGCCAUGGAGGCGGCCUGGGAGGUGGUCUAGGAGGUGGUCUAGGAGGUGGCCUGGGAGGUGGUUUAGGAAUCGGUCUGGGUGGAAGCGAGCAAAUAUCCGCGGAUCACAUCCAGGCAGUCACGGUCACAAAGACCGUCCACGUGCCAGAACCGUAUCCAGUUGAGGUCCAAAAACCGGUGCCGGUCCCUGUCCAAGUACCUAUUAAAGUACCGGUCGACAAGCCAGUACCUAUCUCUGUGCCGCAACCUUAUCCAGUCACCGUCGAAAAGCCUGUGCCCUAUCCGGUAGAGAAGCCAGUACCUUACCCUGUCAAGGUGCCCAUCAAGGUGCCGAUAAGCGUGCCUUACCCUGUCAAGGUACCAGUCAAGGUACCUGUCACGGUAGCAAGACCAGUGGCCUACCCUGUUAAGGUGCCCUUGGUAGUGAAGGAGCCUGUACCAGUUUUGGUGAAGGAGCACGGUUUGGGCGGUGGAUUUGGCGGAGGACUCGGCGGUGGAUACGGAGGUGGAUUAUCAUUAGGAGGUGGACACGGAGGUGGAUUAUCACUGGGAGGUGGACACGGAAUUGGAUUAUCAUUGGGUGGUGGACACGAACUGAGCGGUUACGGACAUUACUGA